AUGAUUGCACGAACAGAGGAAUACCGACCAUGGCUCGUCCAGAAAUACGGCGGUACCAGUGUUGGCAAGCUGUUGAGCACGAUUACCCAAUCCAUCAUUCCACAGUACCUGAAAGAGUACAACGUCGCAGUUGUCUGCUCGGCGCGGUCCAGUGCAAGCAAAUCAGCCGGCACAACGAAUCUCCUCCUGAGGGCCUUGGCUUGCGCCGUGUCGGAUGAGGCCCGAGGAGUUGAUUUCGACCAAGUCAUUGAUAUGAUCCAAAACGAACAUCUUUCGGUCGCAGCAUCGCUCCCCCACGACGCCGCUGCACUCCAACAAUCCGCCUCGAACAUCAUCCAGAAUUUACGGCAGAGCAUUAUCGACGAAUGUGACGCCUUGAGAAGAUUCUUACGCGCGACGCGUGUCAUUGGUGAAGCUUCCGACAGAACCCAAGAUCGGGUGCUUGGUGUGGGAGAAAAGCUGUCCUGCCUGGUGGUCGUGGCCGCGUUGUCGCUCGGGGGAGUCGAAGCAGAGAUGGUGAACCUGGAGAGCAUUGUCCAAACGGCGGACAAGCGCUCGACGCGCGAACAGCAGGCAGCCUACAAACAAAACCCGAUUCUUUUCCUCCAGGGGCUUGGAGACGCGGUCAGAGACGCCAUCCUCCAGUGCUCCGCCGUGGGCAAAGUCCCCGUCGUGACUGGGUUUUUUGGCUCAAUGCCACAUUCGCUGCUGCACACCGUGGGGCGAGGAUAUUCAGAUCUUUGCGCCGCGCUGUGUGCCGUCUCGUUGGGUGCCGAAGAACUCCAAAUAUGGAAGGAGGUCGCUGGGAUCUUCACCGCCGACCCGACCAAAGUCUCGACAGCCCGGGUUCUGCCCAUGAUCACGCUGGAGGAGGCGGUUGAGUUGACAUACUAUGGCAGCGAGGUGAUCCACCCUCUGACCAUGUCGCUGCUGAACAAGGAGGACAUCAACCUUCGCCUGAAGAACGUCAAGGAUCCCGCUGGCGCCGGCACGGUGGUCUACUCGACAACGUCGCCCAGCGCGAGUGGACUGCAAACACCGAGUUCCACAGCGAUAGAUAUCAGCCGGUCCUUGUUCAUGACUUCGAAUGGGUACUACGGCAAAGACCAGGCGAAGCGAGUCCCCACAGCCAUCACGACCAAGGAUUCAAUCACGCUCGUCAACAUCACCUCGAACGGCAAGCUGCCUCCGCAGGCAUUCCUCGGCCAAAUCAGCGACAUCCUGGGCCAGCACCAGCUCUCCGUCGACCUGGCAAGCAGCAGCCGUCAGUCGCUCAGCCUGGCGGUGUCGGCCUAUGGUGGAUUGGUGAACGUCUCCGAGGCCAUUGACGAAGCCCUGCCGGAGCUCGAAGAGUUCGGCUCGACGAGCAUCGUGCCGAAAAUGUCAAUCAUCUCGGUGGUGGGCCAUAAAAUGAAGAACAUGGUCGGCAUUGCCGCCGAGAUAUUUUCCGCGCUGGCCAGCGCUCGCAUCAACAUCCGGCUGAUCUCCCAGGGAGCCAGCGAGAUCAACAUCUCGUUCGUGGUGAGGACGCAGGACGCCCUGUUGGCCAUGGAGGUCAUCCAUUCUCAGGUCAUGCAGAUUCCUGGGCAUGUGGAGCGCGAGGUUUCUAUGAUAACAGGUAAGAUAUAUCCAUCAUCAUGCUCUCUCCAAAUGCAAGCAUACUGA